AGAAAAUAAAAUGUGACUCGGUUGCCAUAGAAACCUCUAAACAAACCAAAGAUACGUAGUUAGAAGAUCAAUAUUCGUUAGUUUACAGGUAGAAUGGCUCAUGUGAAAACCUAUCGCACAAAUGUGAGGAUCGGGAACUGGAAUGAGGACCUGAGCUUAGAAGAGGAGGCAAAGAAGGAGUAUUUGGAAAAAAAGGAGAGAGGUGAGCUGACGGCCCAGAAGGUUGACUUUCUCAAACUGAACAUUCUGAGACCAGUGAAGCUCUCUGUAACGAACGAUGGAGGACUGCACUUUGGGGAUAUUAUCAUGCUGGUUAACGAGGGAGGCGAAAACAGGGAGUGCAGUGCAGUGAGUAUUAAUGCAGACGUGAACAGUUUGUCAAAGGCUCCUUCACCUGGCGUUCAAGCCCCAUGUGGAAUCAGCGCCGGUAGAGGUCUUCAGCCCUGCACACGCACUGCCUUCACCAUUACCAGUGUCGAUGGCAGCCCCGAAGGAUCAGCUCUGCUCUAUGAGCAAAGCUUUGCACUGAAGACAACAAGUGGCUUUGCAGGAGGACUUUUUUUAGCGAGUGAGUUGCGAAGCUUUCAAAAGUGUGCAAAGAAGUCCCGUCUCCAAGAAGUGAACUUGGUCGACAGUGAUUCCUUUCUAUCGUGGUGGAAGAUAGUGCACUUUGACCCCCAGGAGAGGCUCGAAAAUGAGGGUCUGCCUGUUCCUGCUAAUCAGAAGGUUCUCAUCAAACACUGCAAGACAAACCAAGCCCUUGCCGUUCUGGGUGAUCAAGUCCUUUGGACCACAUAUGGUAAAGAGUACGAGGUGACUGCACAUACCUUCUUGGACUCUCACAAAGCAGAACAGGACACCAACCACUGGAUGCUUUGCACCUCUGACCCUGCAGGAGAUUCACUGUUACUCUUUAACCGCCCAGUGUCUGCGACAUCAUUGUUCUAAUUAAUGGCAUGCUAAAGUGUGAUAUUGGGCCACACGGUAUUUUUCCAGGUUGUCUUUGGGUUUGGAAUUUUCCCAAAAAGAUAUUAUGAGACAACAGAAUGAAGUAUUUACUUUCUCGUG